GCAAUGAAGGCAGGAGCCUCAUCCGUGUGGGCUUCAUGCUGUGGUCUGCUGAAUGAAGUCAUGGGUACUGGGGCCGUCAGAGGCCAGCAGCCAGGGUUCGGAGCCGGGGCUGGACCCUUCAGAUUCGCCCCCAGUGCGGGGUACUCCACAUACCCGCCCUCCAGCUCAGGGAGUCCCAACCCGGUGUGCAAGACCUGUGGCCAGGCCUUCUCAGUCUUCAGGAGGAAGUAUGUUUGUUCUGACUGUAAGAAGGGCUUCUGCUCGGUGUGCAGCGUGCUUCAGGAGAAUCUGCGCACCUGCGCCACUUGCCAUUUGCUGAAGGCCACGGCCUUUCAGCGACCGCGGCUCAUGCGCCUGCGAGUGAAGGACCUGCGCCAGUACUUGUUGCUGCACAGCAUCAACACGGAUACCUGCAGGGAGAAGGAAGACCUGGUAGAGUUGGUGCUCCGCCACCAGAGCACCGAGGAGGAGGAGGAGGAGGAAGAAGAAGAAGAAGAAGAGGAGGAAGAGGAGGAGUGUGACCCUGACACAACCAGCCUCUUCCCGCGCUCCAUGUUCACACCUACACCUUCCACCACACAGUCUGCCACAGAGCUGUCUGUUUAUGACGCCUCCCCUCCUCCUGAGGAGGAAUCGCUCAGCAGGAGCGACAGCUCCGACACCAACCAGGAUGUAGGCCUCGUCACAUCAGAGUCUCUCCUCAAUUUGGACUCCAGUGAACGAACUCCAGAGGCAAGUCCUCAAAUGCGCCGCCGGGCCAGAGGCUCCCUCUCUGACAUCUCCAGUCUGAGGGACAUUGAAGGCCUCACCGUCCGGCAGCUGAAGGAAAUCCUGGCCAGGAAUUUUGUCAACUAUUCGGGGUGCUGUGAGAAGUGGGAGCUGGUGGAGCGAGUCAGCAGGCUGUACAGAGAGACCGAGGAGAACAGGAAAUCAUUGGAAAAUGUGAGCAGGACUGUAACCACAGACGGCGAGAACUGUCCGCUGACGAUUCAGGACGACAACCUCUGCAGGAUCUGCAUGGACGCCGUGAUCGACUGCGUCCUCCUGGAGUGCGGUCACAUGGUCACCUGCACCAAAUGUGGCAAGAGGAUGAACGAGUGUCCGAUCUGCAGGCAGUACGUCGUGAGGGCCGUGCACGUCUUUAAGUCCUAACACACCGCUGCACCUGCUCCAGGCUGCGACUGUACCUUAAACUCAAUAAUGCAGCUCACAAACUUUGAAUUUCUAAAAAAACAACAACAACUUGUGAACGUUUGU